UGGUUCCUUCAGCGGGUGGGGUUUGCCUCCUAGGAUUGUGGGAUAAAGGCGGAGUCGUCUGGAGCUGCGUGGGCUUGGCAGUAACGUCUUCUCUGUCUGUCCGUGUGAACUCGAACCCGUCCAGUACCUGGAUCUGCAGUUCCACGAUGGGUUACACGGCAGCGACGACAGGAGUGCUGGUGGUCGCUGGGGUGCUGGUUCUCUCCACUUUGGGCUACUUCAUGGGGACCCUGAUCCUGGGCAAGAAGAAGAAGAGCCCGCUGACCCUGGCCGACCCCACCGUGAAAUACCAGCUGCGGCUCAUCGACAAGGAGGUGAUCAGCCACGACACCAGGAGGUUUCGCUUCGCCUUGCCCUCUCCGGCACACAUCCUGGGGCUGCCUGUUGGAAAGCACGUGUAUCUCUCUGCGCGGAUUGACGGGAACCUCGUUGUCCGUCCGUACACCCCUGUGUCCAGUGACGAUGACAAGGGCUUUGUGGAUCUCGUGGUGAAGAUCUACUUCAAGAACGUGCACCCCAAGUUCCUUGAGGGAGGCAAGAUGUCGCAGUACCUGGAGAGCCUGCAGGUCGGAGAUGUGGUGGAUUUCAGAGGGCCUGGGGGGCUGCUGGAGUACAAGGGGAACGGGAACUUUGCAAUCCAGCCCGACAAGAAGACUCCAGCAGAGAUCAGGACUGCCAGAUCUGUGGGGCUGAUCGCUGGAGGGACGGGAAUCACCCCGAUGUUGCAGCUGGUCCGGGCCAUCAUGAAGGACCCCAGCGAUCAGACCACAUGCUCCUUGCUGUUUGCCAACCAGACUGAAAAGGACAUUCUGCUUCGUGACGAGCUGGAAGAGGUCCAAGCCAGGCACCCCGACCGUUUCAAACUGUGGCUCACUGUGGACCAGGCCCCUGAAGGCUGGGAUUACAGCCAGGGCUUUGUGAGCGCCGACAUGAUCCAGGAGCACCUGCCCCCCCCAGCCAGCGACACCCUGGUCCUGAUGUGCGGACCCCCUCCCAUGAUCCAGUUCGCAUGCUCCCCCAACCUGGACAAGCUGGGCUACCGCCAGGGGCAUCGCUUUGUCUACUAGAGGGACACGCUGCAGCCCCCCAGGGCUUCCUCUGCAGCACAGCUCAGACGCCCGGGUUUUCUGAAAGGAAUAAACAACAACAACUCCAGAAAAUACAAGCGGGGGGAGGGGGGUUACCCUACAUUUAUAAAAAGACUACCCUGAGGGAACUAAUUAAAUAAUUAACAGUGCACUGAGAAAGCCAAGCAAAUUGAGCACAGAUGCACGUAAUCUGGAUUCAUUUAGCGGUCUGCAGAUUUAAGUUUUCUGCAGUGUAGGAAGAGUGUGUGUAAAUUGGAAAGCGCUCCCAUCAGAGUUCCAAGGUAAAACUAUUGGAAUGUAAGCAGGCGAGGCUGCAGCGUUGGUGUUGUAGGCUUGCUUUGCUGUCUGUUAGUUUUGCUGCAGGACUCUGGCGCUCCACCUGCUAAGUUUAACUCUCUUCUGGAGUGGGGUUUUUUCUUCCUUUUAGAAAGUGGUAUUUGUAUGAGAGAGGAAGCCUGACAGGGCUGCUGAUGUCAUAAUGCACUUCAAAACAUUUAACCUGCCAAAAUUAUACAGACGUGGCUUUAACGGGUGCGCACGGACACACACCUGCUGUAGCUGGAAUGCAAGUCGUGCCUUUUGAUGUGGCAUAGUUAACAUUCAAUGUGUGUGUGUGUGUGUGUUUCUACUAUAUGCAGAGGGACGCUGCUGGGUGUGGUUUGGGUGUAAGAUACUGUACAACUUUGAAAUGAGAGGAGUUUGCUUUUUUGAGUUCAACAUGUUUUUUCCCCAAAGCAUCUUCCUCAACUUGCAGAUCUCAUUUUAAAUUCAAUGCAUUUACUUUGCAAAAUUAAUAAUAGUAACAAUAAUAACAAGCCUUAUGUUAUUGAACCAACAAAGUACUUGUGUGCAAGUAGGAUCAUUUCAGAGCUAGCUUUGAAUCUUUUAUUAAAACGUUUUGAACAUCAGCCUGUGACGCUGCAGGAAGGUGUUUGUUUCUCUGCUAAGCAGCUGUUGAACCCCCCCACUCUAAUAAAAGUAAUUGUUUGCGGGGGCUGCAGUGUAACAGCUGGAAUCAAACACACUUGCAUCUGUUUCCUUAUGAUCUGAUCUCGUCAGCAUGGUCUGCAGUGAUUGCACUGCUGGGAUCCGCUGUGGCUGGGAAAUGUGUGUCGUUUGCAUCAAGCAUUAAUAAAUUAUUCUGCGUGCACAGCUGA